GGGACCGGUGGGCGUGGCCACGGGCGCGUAGAAGGCGCGCAGCAGUGUCCAGAUCCCGCCAGACCUCUCUGGGUUCCCCGGCCGGCUCUGCGCGCGCUCCGGCUACCUAGGUGUUGGGGAGACAUUGAGGAUUUCUGAGGAGUAGAAUGGCAUGAAGCGUCUCUGAAGACAUUCAACAGGAGGAAGGGGGUACUGGGACCUUCAAUGGCAGGAGAAGGAGCAAUCAGAAGCCCGAGAUGAAUUUGAACACUAUUCUAGAAGAGAUUCUUAUUAAAAGGUCACAGCAGAAGAAGAAGACAUCACCUUUAAACUACAAAGAGAGACUUUUUGUCCUAACGAAAUCCAUGUUAACCUACUAUGAGGGUCGAGCGGAGAAAAAAUACAGAAAAGGGUUUAUUGAUAUUUCAAAAAUCAAGUGUGUGGAGAUAGUGAAGAGCGAUGAAGGUGUCAUUCCCUGUCAAAAUAAAUACCCAUUCCAGGUUGUUCAUGAUGUUAAUACCCUUUACAUUUUUGCACCUAAUCCCCAAAGCAGGGACCAGUGGGUGAGGAAGUUAAAAGAAGAAAUAAAGAACAACAAUGAUAUCAUGAUUAAAUAUCAUCCUAAAUUUUGGGCGGAUGGAAGUUACCAGUGUUGCAGACAAACUGAAAAACUAGCCCCCGGGUGUGAAAAAUAUAACCUCUUUGAGAGUAGUGUGAGGAAAGCGCUGCCUCCAGCACCAGAAACAAAGAAGAGAAGGCCGCCCCCGCCGGUUCCCCCCGAAGAGGACACGAGGGAAGAAGUGGUUGUGGCGAUGUAUGACUUCCAAGCGACAGAGGCUCACGACCUCAGACUGGAGCGAGGCCAGGAGUAUAUCAUACUGGAGAAGAAUGACGUCCACUGGUGGAGAGCCCGAAACAAGGACGGGAGUGAAGGAUAUAUCCCAAGUAAUUAUGUCACAGGAAAGAAAUCAAACAACUUAGACCAGUAUGAGUGGUAUUGCAGAAAUACAAAUAGAAGCAAAGCAGAGCAACUCCUCAGAAUGGAAGAUAAAGAAGGUGGCUUUAUGGUAAGAGACUCCAGCCAACCAGGCUUGUACACCGUCUCCCUUUACACAAAGUUUGGAGGUGAAGGUUCGUCAGGCUUCAGACACUAUCAUAUAAAAGAAACAGCUACAUCUCCAAAGAAGUAUUACCUCGCGGAAAAGCAUGCGUUUGCCUCCAUUCCCGAGAUCAUCGAGUAUCAUAAGCACAAUGCAGCAGGGCUCGUCACCAGGCUGCGGUACCCGGUUAGUACGAAGGGGAAAAAUGCGCCCACCACUGCAGGCUUCAGUUAUGAGAAGUGGGAGAUUAACCCUUCGGAGCUGACCUUUCUGAGGGAGCUGGGGAGCGGACUGUUUGGAGUGGUGAGGCUUGGCAAGUGGCGAGCCCAGUACAAAGUCGCCGUCAAAGCCAUCAGGGAAGGCGCCAUGUGUGAGGAGGACUUCAUCGAGGAAGCUCGCGUCAUGAUGAAGCUGACCCACCCCAAGCUCGUGCAGCUCUACGGAGUGUGCACCCAGCAGAAGCCCAUCUACAUCGUCACCGAGUUCAUGGAACGAGGCUGCCUGCUGAAUUUCCUCCGGCAGAGACAAGGCCACUUCUGCCGCGACAUGCUGCUGAGCAUGUGUCAGGAUGUGUGUGAAGGGAUGGAGUAUCUGGAGAGAAACAGGUUCAUCCACAGAGACCUGGCUGCCAGGAACUGUCUAGUGAAUGAAUCAGGAGUUGUGAAGGUAUCUGACUUUGGAAUGGCCAGGUAUGUCCUGGAUGAUCAGUAUACAAGUUCUUCUGGUGCUAAAUUUCCUGUGAAGUGGUGUCCCCCGGAAGUGUUCAAUUACAGCCGCUUCAGCAGCAAGUCGGACGUCUGGUCCUUUGGCGUUUUAAUGUGGGAAGUGUUCACAGAAGGCCGAAUGCCCUUCGAGAAAAACACCAACUACGAAGUGGUAACCAUGGUUACUCGAGGCCACCGGCUCUACCGGCCCAAGUUGGCGUCCAAAUGCAUCUACGAGGUGAUGCUCAGGUGUUGGCAGGAGAAACCCGAGGGAAGGCCUUCAUUUGAAGAUUUGCUGCGCACCAUAGAUGAACUGGUCGAAUGUGAAGAAACUUUCGGAAGGUUAGCGGUGUGACCAGCGGCUCCCAGAUUUCGAAGGCCGAGGAGAGGGAGAUGGCACCCAAGGCGUUUGCUUCUCGGCCUCGGCUGUGCGACUCUGCCAGGCUGUGGAGAUGGCGCCUCGGAGCUGAUGGUUUAGAAGCACUCCCUUCUGUUCGUCCCUCAGGAACUCAAGUGCCAACACUGUGCCUGGCAUGAUGCCCAGGCCCUGGCGUUUGCCCAUCGUUGGGGCCCAUCUUAGGUUAUGUUAGCUGGUGCUAGUUAAAGACCAGGGUAUGUGAGAUGGGUAAGAAAGACCCAGUGCCCAGGAGCCCUUCCCUCUCCUACAGACACCUGGGCCUGGGGCUGUCUAGAACUGAGUUCUAGGUGAGUCCAGAACCCAUCUUGGAUAAGUACCCGUUCUUUGUUUUGAAAACAUGUGUUUCCAAAGCUGUUGUUAGUAUUACAUUUUAAAAUAUUUGUAUGCUGUGUAUAUUGUAAAUACACAUAAUAUAUACAACUAUAUAUUUAUUAGAAA